AAAAGAGUGACACCCUUUUGCACUUGGUCUUCAAUCCACUUCUAUGAUGUUUUGAUGGAAACUAUAGGCCGCAAUUUCAAUGCCCUCUACACACGCGCGCGUCAUGCCCGGGUGUGAGACUUCUGGUGCGGACCGGUGGAUGAGAUAGCCACCAAGACCUGGCAAGUCCAAAGGACAGCUUAAACUGGUGCGUUGGACUCAAAGCCAGCGUGUCCGUUUUCAUCGGUGCGGUGCCAGUUUCUGAAAGCGCGUUGAGCACCUGGACCUCUUCUGAGGGGGAUCUCUCCCAAUGGAGAUCCACAAGGUUGGUCGUUUCUGUUGUUGAGACCCCGACCGGUGACCCCGAACGGACGGUGCUCAGAAGCGCUCAGAAGGGCUUGGCUAUGCUGUUUGGAAGCAAGGGCUUUGCCGCAAGGGAGAUCGUUGGAGUCUUGAGGGCGUCGUCUUCACUCGUUUCGGUGGAGGUCGUCUUCGCCAGCUUCGCUUCGUUCGGUCAUGUCCGAGCGGAACGACGCCCUUUCGGUUUCCGGGUUGAGAGGAGUUCCGUAGCGCCAACGGCUUUUGGUCGACCGCGGGUCGACGGGCAAAGCUUGGCACCGCUGCAGUGAGAUGUCGAUACAGCAGCCUGUUUUGAAGCUUCAAGAGCCGCGGCAUCACGAGCAUGGGCAUGUAGUAAGAGAGGCUAUGGCUACACCAGACCCAAAAGAGUAUCAACGAGUGCGACACGGCAUGGUAGAGUUGGCAUCAGUGAUCAGUCGUCAUGCACGGCACAUGACAGCGGAUUGGUGGACUGUUGGAACCCUGACGUCGAGGUCAGGGGAUGGCCUUUGCGUUGCCCUUAGUCGAACUCCCUGCGGAGCAGUACACGGAUCUCCUCACUGGGACAGUGAAGUGCUGGUUCGAAGAUCGGGGCUUCGGCUUUAUUGCCCCGGAGGGCGGCAAGGAAGAUGUCUUCGUGCACAAGAAGGUCUUGAAGGAUGGGCAAAGUCUCAUUGUGGGUAGCUCGGUGAUGUUUAAUCUCAUCUACGACGCGGACCGGCGCCGCUUCCAAGCCACCAGCUGCUUCGGCGCCACCCUUCCCCCCGAGAAGGAGCCGGGAAGCGCGAAAGAAGCGACCGCGCGGUGGCCCUUUUGCUUGAGGGAUCCUUGGGAGGAUCUCUACCGCCAGAGCGGCGCGGACCACCUCCGCGCCCACCUGGACAUGACGGAGCCCGUCACGGAGACACCGGCGAAGUCGGUGGAGACGGCCUCCUCGGUGGAGGAGGUCAAGAUGGAGUCGAGGUCGGUGGAGAAACCCACAUCCAUCUACGAGUUUUUCGAAGACACCGACCUGGCAUGAAAAGCCGGACCAGAGACGCUUGCGGAAAAGGGAGGAUAGGGAGGAGAGAUAGCAUGGUACAGGGAAGACAUUGCAGUCCUUGGGUCGCAAC